GCUGCCAUCCAGGGGUGUCACUCGGCCGCUUUCCUCCAAUAGAAAAGUUCAUAUGAACGGGACGCUCCGGCUGCGGGUGGGCUUUGGGCCGAUGCGUUUCGGGUCCAGGUGUGCAAUGCGGACAGUGUACUGAGAUUUCCCAUUCUCCCUCAAAGUUUAUGUCCUGUCCAUCAACUUCUUCUUCGUCUCCCUGUGCCCAUCUGCCUAGCUCACGUGGCUGCAAUAAGUGGGUUUGUUGAACGCCAUGGCUUCCACUGCUUUACUGCUGCUGGCCCUCUCCUCUUCAGUUUCCCUCACAGUGGCGGUCCUAUUUGGCGAGCCUAGAAUUUUUGGAGAUGACGCCACUGGAUAUGGCCCCAUCUUUGAGGAGGAGCCUGUAGAUGUGGUGUACACUGAAGACUCACCCGAUGGGAGAAUCUCCAUGAACUGCAGGGCACGAGCGAACCCACCCGCCUCAUACAGGUGGCGCCGUGAUAACUGGGAAAUCAAGCUGAUGGAGCAGCCGGACGAACACUACAGCCUCGUGGGGGGGAACCUGGUUAUCACCAACCCCAGACAGAAGAAACACGCUGGGACGUACGUCUGCGUUGCCAGGAAUAUCUACGGCACCGUCAUCAGCAAGGAGGCCAGGGUCAAGUUUGGAUUUAUGGAGGAGUUUCCCCAGGAGGAAAGAGACCCAGUGUAUGUCAAAGAAGGACAGGGAGCUGUUCUGCUGUGUGCCCCUCCCAAAGCCUGGCCACAGGAGGUGACCUACCGCUGGAUCUUCAAUGAGUUCCCGAUUUUCCUGCACACAGACCGCCGACGGUUUGUCUCCCAGAAGACGGGGAACCUGUACAUCUCCAAAGUGGAAUCUCAGGAUGCAGGAAACUACUCCUGUUUUGUUUCCAGCCCCAUCACCGGGAAGAGCGUCUUCUCCAAGUUCAUUCCCCUCAUCCCCUUACCCCCUGACGAUGGUGAGGAGAGAAAAUACCCAGCAGACAUCAGGGUGAAGUUUCCAGAUACUACCGCCAUGCUGGCCUCUAAUAUCACAAUGGAGUGCUUUGCUCUGGGAAACCCCAUCCCUCAUAUUGUUUGGAGGAAGGUGGACCACACAGACCUCCCACCAAACCAUGAGAUCAGUGAAUCAGGAGCUGUGCUUCAUCUGUACAAUGUACAGUACGAAGAUGUUGGAGGAUAUGAGUGUGAAGCUAUCAACACUAAAGGAAAGGACUGGCACAAGGCCUGGCUGUACGUGGAGUCUGCUCCAGAAUGGGCGGAAACCAUCAACAACACUCAGAUCGACAUCGGCUCAGAGCACACCAUGCGCUGUGUGGCAUCAGGAAAGCCCUUCCCUUUCAUCCGCUGGUACAAAGAUGGAUAUAUGUAUGGGAAGGGGGAGUUGAAGUUUUCCAGUCUCACUUUUGAUGACUCAGGAAUGUACCAGUGUAUCGCAGAGAACACCUGGGGCAUCAAAUACGCCAACGCUGAGCUGCGAGUCAUCUCCUGUUCUCCUACAUUCGAGUUCAACCCUGUAAGGAAGCAGCUUCUUGGAGCAAAAGACGGCCGUGUGGUGAUCGAGUGUAAACCCCGAGCUGCUCCUAGGCCGCGGUACACCUGGACGAAGGGGAAAGAGCUCCUCUUCAACAGUUCCCGCAUUUCCAUCCUGUUUGAUGGGAGUCUGGAGAUCCUCAACGCCACCACCAAUGAUGAGGGCAUGUACACCUGCUUUGCUGAGAAUGACAAAGGAAAGGCCAACAGCUCUGGCUAUCUCACCAUCACAGAGGCAACCAGCAUCACCAAACCACCCGAAGACACUGAGGUAAAGGUUGGGGAUGAGGUGAUUCUUAGGUGUGCCGCUUCAUACGACCCCAUGCUGGACAUCACAUUCAUCUGGUCCGUAGACUUCAGGGUCAUCGACUUUGACUCUGAGUGGCAACACUACGAACGCGACAUGAGUGAAGAUGGCAGCGGCGACCUGAGAAUAAAGAAUGUCCAAAUUUGGCACGAAGGUCGCUAUCACUGCACGGCUCAGACAGUGGUGGACAGCGAUACUGCAUACGCUGACCUCAAGAUUGUAGGUGUUCCUGGGCCUCCUGGUGUGAUCCGGGUGGAGGAGAUCGGGGACACGUGGGUGAAGCUGUUGUGGACUAAAGGAGCCGAGCACAACAGCCCCAUUCUCUCCUACACCAUUCAAACCAGACACUUCUGGGCCCUGAAUGAAGAUGACUGGAAGAAUGCCAGCACCAGUCCAACCUUUCUUGACGGCAAUGCGGAGAGGGCGGAAGUGACGGACCUGUACGCCUGGAUGGAGUAUCAGUUCAGGAUCAUCGCCACCAAUGAAUACGGCUCCGGAGAGGCCAGCAUCCCCUCCCUCAAGAUAAAAACCUGGGAUGCUUCUCCAGUUGUUUCUCCCACUGAUGUGGCGGGUUAUGGAGGUAGAAAUGGCGAGAUCGUCAUCACAUGGAAUCCCGUGCAGCCGUGGUAUUUCUACGGGAAAAAGUUUGGCUACAUCGUGGCAUUUAAGCCUCACGAUGCUUACGACUGGUGGUACGAGACCAUUUCGGACCCCGAAACGAGGCGUUACGUUCACAGGGACUCCUACUUCAUUCCCACUGAUGAAGAUUUCCAGGUCAGAGAGUUUCAGGUGAAGAUCAAGUCGUUUAAUGUUAAAGGAGACGGACCAUACAGCCUCACCAAGGUCAUCUACUACCCAAGAGAUGUACCUGUGGAGUCUCCGACAGACGUCUAUGCCAGACCGGUGUCCUCCACUGAAGCUCUGGUCUGGUGGUUGCCUGUGGUCGACACUGGUACAGGCCUUCAGCAGUACAUUGAAGGAUACCAGGUCAAAUACUGGAGGAAAUAUGAUGAUCCAGAGCCGGGAGCAAACCGUAUAUUUGUUUCAGCCACUGUCAACCAGACCAGAUUGGAGAACAUGCUGCCAGACUCGCACUACCUCAUUGAGGUCCGUGCCUUCAAUGGAGCCGGCCUCGGACCCCCUGGUGAACACUGCGAGAUGUUCACAAAGAGGCCACCACCACCAGAGCCUCCCAGGAUGUGGCGCUAUGUUACCUGGACAGGACAGUGGUUGUAUGUGUGGUGGGAUCAUAUCCAGUAUGACUGGUUUGGCAAUAUUUCCUUCCCCCUUUACUACAAGGUGAUGUUCAGAAAGACAGGCUACUACUAUGGAAAAGUCUACGUUACUGGCUGGCACUUCAUGGACUUUCCCAUGCCUCAGUUUGGAGACUAUGAGCUGAUGGUACGCGGCCGUUAUGAAGGGGGGGAUGGCCCAAUUAGGAAGAUUAGCAUUAAAGGUAAAGCAUCACUGAUUACGCCAACUCUAAGCCUGGCAUCUUUGGUGCUGCUGGCGCUGAGCAUUGUGGGAUUGGAAAUUUAAACCCUUCCACAAGUGACAUAUAAAUAAUAGACUCUGGAAAGUAAAUGUGUGGACCCAAGAGAUCCAGUCUUCACCGCCAAACACUCUUCACACGGAGGAGAGUCAUUGGUUAAGAUCCUACAUCAUGCAUCUGUUCUGUUGCAACACAAAACAGGAAGUUGUUUUUUACAAGAAAUAGGAUUGGUUGUUGGCCCUGAUCAUUUUUUUAAUGGAUUUUUUGUCUUUUUUGUCUUCUUUUUUUUUUUUUUUUAUGUUUUGGUCAGACAAAUACAAAACCGUAACGGUUACAAUGUGACAGUUACAUGAAUAUGAGUUACAUUAUGUCUUUUUUAGUAUUUGCCCAUUCUUUUAUAUUUUUUCUUUACAAAAUAUAAAAUAAAAUAAAGAGGAGUUUUCCGUCUGGCAACCUAGGAUUUGAUCACAACACAGCAGUGAACUGUGCCGGUCUCCUGCAUUGGCCAUGUCUGUUAACAAGAUCUUAAAUGUGUUCUGCCAAAUCCAGGCUUUCCUCUCAAAGCAAAAGCUAAAAUAAAUGACGACAGAUGUUGAUUUUUGGAUGAUAGGAUUAAGUACUUACACACACUGUGUUUGGAUGAAAACAAAAUCAUUUAAGUUACUUUAAAGUUGUUUAAUGAAUGGAAAAACAGCAUUUUUUUCACUUCUACAUUAUGCCCUGUUCCUCUUCUAUCAUUCAACUUUCUUUAUGUUGUUAUCCCUGUAUUCUGUUUGGAGAUGACUAAACACACAGUACCAAAGUAGAAUUUAACUCAUAGAGAGGGGAAAUGUUAUUUUACAAGCGUUAGAAAUUGCUCAGAUGUUCAGGCAAUUAAUAUGUAAAGAAUUUCUACAAUAAUAACUUUUUGGUUUGAAAUGAGAAGAGAAGGAUGUGUACUGCAUAUAGAUUUAAUGAACACUCCAUUGUCUUUCUUGGAGCACAGCAUAACACAUUUUAAACAAGCUUAUCUUCACAAUUGUGUGGACUUUUUUAGAUUUGUUUUUAAGAUCUUAUACGGUGCUGUGUGACAGGUAUAGAGAAUGCUUAUUUUAUAGAAUCUUAUUUUAAAUUGUCAUCCUUAUUAGAAUCAUGUGCAUAAACAAGUAAAGUAUGAGUUCUAGCUGCACCAAUUAAAGCCAUAUAACCUGGAUGACAACUUCUUAUUGAGAAAAAUGUUUUCUGAAAGUGAAAAUGUAAUAUUGGAAUGAUGAGGCCAGGGUUGGAUUCCUUAAUAAUACAUGUAUGUAUGUGAAUUUCUUUAUGUCAGGCUGCAAAAUCAUUAAACGGAGUACAACAA